ACGAUGGCCCCCAACGUGACGCCGCAGCCGGAGAGGGCGCCAUGAGCCCAUCUGCCCUCGCUGAGCCCUACGGAAUGGGCGGACGGCCCUAAUGGCAGUGAAGGCACGGGCCCGCAGCCGGGCCCUGUUCCUGAGCAUCGCCAUGGCGAUCUGAUCGGGCCAGCCGGAAUAGCUUCGGCUCCAAGAAACAGCCGUAGAUAUAGGCCUCGAGAGCAGGCGUCUUUGCUUGAAACGCUCAGCAGUCUCUGUCUGUCUCUGUCUCUGUCUCUGUCUCUCGGACCAGCACCGUCGUCAGCCGUCGCCCUUGUCUCUUGGCUAGAUCUAACCAAUCUACAUCCACAAUCUACAUCCACAAUCCACUUCCGACCUUGCAAUGGGCGACUACGGAAUCAAGACCUUUGUUGAGGCCAGCGGAGCUCGACUGCCCGUCGGGUUCAAGGGAAGUUCCUCCUUCUUCCCCCUGUUGACUGACGGUGUGCUUGUAGAUGACGAGCAAGCGGGCGGCGUCUCCGUCCACGACGGGAUGGACCAGGCCUGCGUUGCCCUGGAGCUGGGGGCCGAGGUCGCCGGCGCGGGCCUGGCGGACCUCUGCGGGCGCCACGGACUGUCGACGCUCAGCGUGUUGAACGUCGCGUGGGCGCUGGUGCUGGCUGCGUACGCCGACACCGAGCAGGUCACCGUGCUGAGUGUCCAUCGUGUGGCCGGCGAGGCCCGCGUGGGCUUCUACGAGACCGAGCUCGACGGCGGCCGCACCGUGCUGCAGGCUCUCGAGGAGGCCGAGCAGCGGCUGCGCGCCAGCUCCAUGGAGGUCCCGGCGGCGACGACCGUGGCCGAGCUGCAGACCUGGACGGGCCGGGAUGGCCAUCCAGUGUUCAACAGCGUGGUGUUGCUCUCCGACGGCGAUGUCCGGGCUGAGACCGGCGAUUACAUCGCCAUUCAGGCCCGGAAGAAGGACGACGGGCCCAUCGCCAUUUCCUUGCAGGCCCCCUCCCACCUGCUCCCCGCCGGACAGGUCAAGCACUGCGCAGCGACCCUGAGCCACGUCCUCGGGGAGAUUGUGCAGCAUCCCGACCUCCCCGUCGCCGAGGUGAGUAUGAUGAGCCCCCAGGGGCUGCAGCAGAUUGCCCGCUGGAACGCGGAGGCGCCUGCCGUGGUCUCGCGCUGUCUCCAUCAUCUCGUCGACGAGACGGCCCAGGCCCGGCCCGACGCCCUCGCCAUCGACGGCCAGGACGGCCGGAUGACCUACGCCGAGCUGCAGGCGUAUACAGACGCGCUGGCGCACCGGCUGGCGCAGCUCGGGGUCGGCCCCGAGGUGGCCGUGCCUCUGUUCUUUGAGAAAUCCCAAUGGGCGAUUGUCGCCAUGAUCGGCGUCGUCAAGGCCGGCGGCGCCAUUGUCAACCUGGACGCCAAGCAGCCCAAGCCGCGGCUCCAGGGGCUGCUCGACCAGCUGCAGCCCCCGCUGGUGCUGACCUCGACCCAGCUCUCCGGGCUCUGGGGCGCCGACGAGGUCCCCACGGUGGUCGUCUCCCGGGACACCCUCGCCCAUCUCCCGGUGCCCGACGCCGCCGUGGCCUCGCCGGUGACCCCCCGGAACACGCUCUACAUCAUCUUCACCUCGGGCAGUACCGGCACCCCCAAGGGCUGCGUCGUCGAGCACGAGUCCUUCCUGACGGCCGCCGCGCAGCAUGUGCAGGCCGGCAACAUCAUCCCCUCCAGCCGGGUGCUGCAGAUGACGCCGUACACCUUCGACGUCAGCAUGCUGGAGAUCUUCACCACGCUCACGACGGGCGCCUGUAUCUGCUUCCCCGGCGACGACGAGGCGGCCCGCGGCAUCGCCCACAUCAUCAACCACCUGCAGAUCUCCUGGACCUUCAUGACGCCGUCGCUGGUGCGGCUGAUCGACCCGGCCACGGUGCCGACCUUGAAGACGCUCGCCCUGGGAGGCGAAGCCCUGGGGCGCAUCGACGUCAAGACCUGGGCCGACAAGCUGCAUUUGAUCAACGGCUACGGACCGAGUGAAUGCUCCGUCGCGGCCACCGUCAACCAGCGGCUGACGCUCAGCUCGGAUCCCGCCAACAUCGGCGUCGGAUACGGCGCUCUGUGCUGGGUGGUGCACCCCGACGACCACCACCGCCUGGUGCCCAUCGGCGCCGUCGGCGAGCUGGUCAUCCAGGGCCCCAUCGUCGCCCGGGGCUAUCUCAACGAGCCGGGCAAGACGGCCGCCGUCUUCCUCGACGAGGUCCCGGAGUUUGCCCGGCUGCUGCCCGCGCCGCCGCCGGCGUUCCGCCUGUACAAGACGGGCGAUCUGGUGCGCCAGAACAGCGACGGCACCAUCAACUUCCUGGGCCGCAAGGACCGCCAGGUGAAGCUCAACGGCCAGCGCAUCGAGCUGGGCGAGAUCGAGCAGCGCCUGUCGGUCGACGAGCAGGUGCGCCAUGCCAUGGUGCUGCUCCCCAAACAGGGCCCCUGCAAGGGCCGCCUGGUCGCCGCCCUGUCGCUGCACGCCUUCCCCUACGCCGGGGAGCGCGACGCCCACGUCCACCUGCUGGCGGACGGGGACUCCGGGCGUGCCCGCGAGGGUCUCCCGGGCAUCGCGGCGCGCCUGGCCACCCAGCUGCCGGCGUACAUGAUGCCCACCUUCUGGGUGGUGCUGGCGGCGCUCCCCUUCACAACCUCCGGUAAGGUCCACGGCACCGCCAUGGCCCAGUGGCUGCACGAGAUGUCCGAGGAGACGUACAGCCAGAUCGCCGACGGUGAGGACAGUGCACAACAGCCCGCCGCCCUGUCCAGCGAGGUCGAGUUCCAGAUGCAGCAGAUCUGGGCGGACGAGCUGGGCAUCCCCGUCGCCGAGCUCAGGGUCCACCGCUCCUUCAUCGCCCUCGGCGGCGACUCCAUCGCCGCCAUGAAGGUCGUCGCGCGCUGUCGCCAGCUGCAGCUCGCCGUCUCCGUGCCGGAUAUCCUCCGCGCGCAAAACCUCAUCGACCUGGCCGCGCGCGCCGUCCGAGUCUCCUCCGGGGGCCAGUCGCCGUCGUCCGCGGCGGACAGGGCCACGCCUGCCGAGCGCAUCGCCGCCUCCCUCGACCAGUCGCUCCUGGAGGCGGCCGGUCUGGCCAGCCGCGACCAGGUGGAGGAUGUCUACGGCUGCUCGCCCAUGCAGGACGGCAUCCUGCUCAGCCAGAUCAAGUUCCCCGGCACGUACGAGAUCAGCCAGAUCCUCCGUGUGCAGUCGACCCGCGAUGCGGCCACCACCGUCGCGCGCCUGCAAACCGCCUGGCAGGCCGUCAUGGACCGCCACCAGGUGCUGCGCACGAUCUUCGCCGUCGACCUCACGGGCCAGUUCCGUCAGGUCGUGCUGAAGCAGGCCGUCGCCCUGAUCCAGACGUGCGAGUGCCUGGACGACGAACAGGCCGUGGUUCACUUCCUCAAGCAGCUGCCUGCCCCCAAGUACCAGCCGUCGCAGCCCCAGCACCGAUUGACCGUCUGCCGCGCCGCCGGCGACGCCGUCUACAUCAAGGUCGAGAUUAGCCACGCCCUCGUCGACGGAGGUUCCACGGAAGUUAUCCUGCACGAACUGUCGGCGGCGUUUGACGGUGCCGAGGGCCUUGCGGCGCCCGCCGCCGCGCGGUUCAGCGACUAUAUCGAGCAUGUCUCCGCGGCCGAGGCCGGCGGCGACUCGAUGCGCCAUUGGACAUCGUAUCUGGCCGGCGUGCAGCCGUCGAUUGUGCCCAUGUAUCCUCCGGCGGAGGGCAAUGUCGCCCGGGAGAUCCGCUCGGUGGCCGUUCCCUUUACGCAGAUCCCGGCGCUGACGCAGUUCUGCGAGGACCACGGCGUCACCGUCGCCAACGUGCUGCAGACGGCGUGGGCGCUGGUUCUGCGUGCGUACACGGGCGCCGACGACGUGUGCUUCGGCUACGUUGCUGCAGGGCGCGAUGUGCCCGUCGCGGGCAUCGAGCACGCCGUGGGCGCCUUUAUCAACAUGCUGGUGUGCCGGGUGCGUCUGGACCAGCAACAGGCCGUCCUGGGCGCCGUCGAGGCCAUGCAGAACGAGUAUUUCGAUGCCCUGCCUUAUCAGCACACCUCGCUGGCCCAGAUCCAGCACGGCCUGAACCUGUCGGGCAUGCCCUUGUUCAACAGCAUCAUCUCCGUGCAAAAGGACGUCUCCGACCAGCCGUAUGGCGAGUCUCUUUCUUUCCGGCCUCUUACCGAGGACGACCCAACGGAUUUCGACCUCGCCGUCGCCAUUCACGUCUUGAGAGACCAUGUAAAAAUCUCCAUCGGCUACUGGUCUUCCCUGCUGUCCGACGGCGAUGCCGCCAACCUGGCGAAUACCUUCAGCGGCGCCAUCUCCGGCAUCCUCGCCAGCGCGCAGUCUCCCGCCGCAUCCAUCGAUCUCUUCACCGAGCAAGACCGCGCCCGGAUCUUUGCCUGGAACAAGGAAGAGCCUGCCGAGGCUCCCGGCGUUGUCCACGACUACUUCUACGCCCAGGUCGACAGGCAGCCCAACGCGCCGGCCGUCUGUGCCUGGGACGGAGGAUACACGUACGCCGAGCUGGACUAUCUGUCGGAGAAGCUGGCGCACCACCUGGCCCGGCUGGGAGCAGGCCCCGAAGUGCUCAUUCCGCAUUGCUUCGACAAGUCGAAGCUGGCGACGGUCGUCAUGGUCGCCAUCAUGAAGUCCGGCAGCGCCGGCGUGGGACUGAGCUCUGCGCAUCCCGCGUCUCGCCUGCAGGACAUCAUCGAGAACUGUGCCGCGCACAUUGCCGUCGUGGCAACGAAGAAUGCGGCCCUGUUAAGCGGCAUGCCCGGGAUGGAGCAUAUUGUCGUCGUCGACGAGGCCUUCCUGGACGGCCUCCCGGCCCCGGACCGCAGCGUGGCCCUGCCCCAGGCACAGCCCUGCAACCCGGCGUUUGUCUCGUUCACCUCCGGGAGUACCGGCAAGCCCAAGGGGAUCGUGCUGGAGCACCGCUCCCUCAUCACCAGCAUCCUCGCCCACGGCACGGAAUGGGGCAUCGACCAGUCGGCGCGGGUGCUGCAGUUCUCGGCGUACGCCUUUGACGCCAGCGUGUCCGACACCUUCACCACGCUGGUCGGCGGCGGCACGAUCUGCAUCCCCGACGAAAAGGACCGCGUCGACGACCUGGCGGGCGCCAUCAACCGGCUGGGCGUCAACUGGGCGUUCCUGACCCCGCGCGUGCUCGGCCUGCUGUCGCCGGCGCUCGUGCCCACCCUCAAGACGGUCGUCCUCGGCGGCGAGGCCAUCUCGCGCGAGGACAUCGCCCCCUGGACCGAGGCCAUCUCCCUCCGCAUCGUGUACGGGCCAACCGAGUGCACCAUCUACAGCAUGGGCACCGAUCCGCUCACCAGGGACAGCGAUCCGGCCUCGCUGGGCCACGCCGUCGGCACCCGGCUGUGGGUGACGGACCCGGACAACAGCGACAAGCUCAUGCCCGUGGGCUGUGUCGGCGAGCUCCUCAUCGAAGGCCCGCUGGUCACUCGUGGGUAUCUCAAUGCGCCAGACAAGACCAAGGCAGCCUACCUGGAGGACGGCACCGCCUGGCUGCCCGGGCCGCCUCGCCGCUUCUACAAGACCAGCGACCUGGUGCGGUACUAUCCCGACGGCCAGCUGCGCUUCAUCGGCCGCAAGGACACGCAGAUCAAGGUGCGUGGGCAGCGAGUCGAGCUGGGCGAGAUUGAACACGCCAUCCUCGAGAACCUGCCCGGCGCAGUGCACAUCACCGUCGACUCGGUCGUCUUCCCGCCCCAGACGCUCGUCGCUUUUCUAUACAUGGGGGGAGACGAGCAGCAGCAGUCGGAGCUGUUCACUCCGCUAACCUCCGAGACCACCGCGCAGCUGCGGGCGCUCGAGAAGACGCUGUCCAAGCUGCUGCCGGUCUACAUGGUGCCCAGCCUGUUUGUUCCCAUCUCGCACAUCCCCAUGACCAUCUCCGGCAAGGUCGACCGCAUUGCCCUCCGCCGUGCGGCCGUCGCCCUGUCGCCCGAGCAAAAGGAGAUGUAUGCCCUGCAAGGGGGCCAGGAGAGGGCCGCGCCGCAAACUCCGAACGAGGAGCGGCUGCGGAACUUGUGGGCGGCGGUCCUGGGCAAGGAGCCCGGCUCCGUGGGGCGCAGCGACAGCUUCUUCCGCCUGGGCGGAGACUCCAUCGGCGCCAUGAAGCUGGUGGCGGCGGCGCGCGCCGCGGGGUUUGUGCUCAGCGUCGCCAAUAUCUUCCGGUACCCGGAACUGUCGGACAUGGCGGAACAUGUCGAGGUUGCUGCCUCCGAGCAGCAAGAGUACACGCCCUUCUCGCUGCUCGAGGCCGAGCAGACCGAAGCCGUCUUCCUGGAGGACGCUGCCCGGCAGUGUGCUAUCCCCCGCGAGGUCAUCCAGGACGUCUAUCCCGCCACGCCUCUGCAGGAGGGUGUCUUCCUCAUGUCGACCACCCACCAGGGCGCGUACGUCGCCCCGACGGCCUUCCGCCUGCCCGCCGGCGCCGUGGAUGUUGCACGCUUCCAGGAGACCUGGCAGGCUCUUGUCGACGCCCACGCCAUCCUCCGCACCCGCCUGGUGACUGUCGACUCGGCGGUCUACCAGGUGGUUCUGUCGAAGGAGGCUUCGCAGAUCGAAUGGGAGCGGGCAGAUUGUCUUGAUGCAUAUCUCCAGGGCAUCCAGGCGCUGCCGGUCACCGCUGGGGCGCCGUUGACUCGCUACGCUGUUAUUCCGGACGGGGAGGACACUAUCUUUGUGUGGACUGCCCACCACGCCGUGUUUGAUGGCUGGAUGGUGCGGAUGUUGUUCCAACAGCUGCAGGAGCGGUACGCCGGGGCUGAAGCCCAGAUUGAAGCCCAGGGGCUGGCCCAGGGGCUGCCCUCCGUGGCCUACGCCCAGUUUGUGCAGUUCCUCCAGCAGACCGACGCCGACGCCUCCAGCGCCUUCUGGGCGUCUGUCGUGCCCGCCGACGAGCUCCCGGCGGCCUUCCCACGGCUGCCGUCGGCCACACACCAGCCCACGGCCAACCAGACGUGCCGACGCAGCAUCGCGACCACCGCCGUCGACCCGGGAUCCAAUCUCACCAUGUCUAUCCUGCUGCGCGCGGCGUGGGCCAUCGUGCUCGCCCGCUACACGGACGCCGAGGACAUCGUGUACGGCCUGACCCUGUCCGGACGUGAUGUCGCCGUCGCGGGCAUCGAGGACAUUGUCGGGCCUACCAUCACGACGGUGCCGAUGAACGUGCAUCUGGAAGCCGAGACGCUGGUCGAGACCUUCCUGCAGAGCCAGCAGGAGCGCAACGUCGAGAUGAUGAACCACCAGCACGCCGGUCUGCAGGCGAUCCGGCGCAUCAGUCCUGCUGCAUCGGCUGCCACCGAAUUCACCAACCUGUUCGUUGUGCAGCCCGCCGAGACCGCCGACGAGGAGGCCCAGAGCGGCGCCCUCUCGCAGCUGGAGAGGCUUCCUACCGACAUGAGCCGCUUCGACCCCUACGCCCUGAUGGUCGAGUGUACGCUGGGAGUCGACGGCGGCGUGCAGGUGGAAGCCCGCUUCGACGAGGCUGUACUGUCCAUGGACCAGACCGAACGUCUGCUCGGCCACUUUGAACACGUUCUGAAGCAGCUGAGCCGCCCAGCUGCUGGUCUCCGGCUGUGCGAUCUCGACAUGUUCAGCCCCGAGGACGCCCGGCAGGUCUGGGAAUGGAACGCCGUCCCGGCCACGACGGAGAACGUGUGUGUGCACGACCAGAUCGCCGGGCAGGCCCAGCGCCAGCCCGACCACGUCGCCAUCGACGCCUGGGAUGGGUCCGUCACGUAUCGCGAGCUCGACGAGCUGUCGUCCCGCCUGGCACACUGGCUGGCGACCACCCAUCCCUCCAUCCACCCGGAGUCGCUGGUGCCCCUGUGCUUCGACAAGUCCCUGUGGACGAUCGUCACCAUGCUGGCCGUCGUCAAGGCCGGCGGCGGUGUCGUGAUGCUCAACCCGGAGCACCCCAUUGCGCGUCUCGAGUCGCUCAUCGCCGAUACAACCUCCCCCGUGGUGCUGGCGUCGCCGGAACGCGCCGGUCUCUUUGCCUCCACCGCCACCACGGUGGUGAUCAUCACCGAAGAGCUCGUCCGCAGCCUUCCCGCGGAACCGUCUCUCGCGCAGUCUCUUCCCCCCGUGUUGCCGACCAACCCGGUGUUUGUGAUCUUCACCUCGGGCAGUACGGGCAAGCCCAAGGGCAUCAUCGUGCAGCACAACUGUGUCAGCACGGUGGCGAUCCAGCACGGCGAAGGACUGGGCUUCACCAGCACGCCCGGAGCCCUGCGGGUGCUGCAGUUUGCCUCGUUCAGUUUCGACGUGAGCAUGGGGGAGGUGUUUCUCACGCUCACCAAGGGCGGCACGCUGUGCAUCCCCAACGAGUACGACCGCAUCAACAACCUGGCGGCGACGAUCAACCGCAUGAACAUCACCUGGACCUUCAUGGCGCCCACCGUGGCAGCCCUGCUGGAGCCGCGCGAGGUGCCCAACCUGCAGACGCUGGUGCUCGGAGGUGAAGCCGUGUCGCAGAGCCUGGUCGACCAGUGGGCCAGCCACGUCCAUCUGGUCGACUCGUACGGGCCGGCUGAAUGCACCAUCUGGGCCUCGCACGCCAUCCCCGGCGCCAGCGUGUCGCCGUCCAACAUCGGCCGCGGCGCCGGCUGUCGCUACUGGGUGGUGGACAUGCACGAUCACAACCGCCUCGCGCCCGUCGGAUGUGUCGGAGAACUGCUCAUCGAGGGCCCCAACGUCUCCCGCGGCUAUCUCAACGAGCCCGAGAAGACCGCCGCGGCGUUUAUCGAGAGCCCGGGGUUUAUGCAGGACAGCAAUGACGGCCCCCGAUACAAGUUCUACCGCACCGGCGAUCUGGUCCGGUACAACGCGGACGGCAGCCUCAACAUCGCCGGCCGCAAGGACGGGCAGGUCAAGUUCCACGGGCAGCGCAUCGAGCUGGGCGAGAUCGAGUUCCAUCUCCGCGACCGCGCGGCCAUCGAGGCCGGCAUGGUGACCCUGGCCAAGACGGGCCUGUGCAAGGGCAAGCUGGUGGCCGCCGUGGCCCUGUCGGCGUUAAACCCCGAGGCACUCGAGGGCGAGCGCGUCGAGCUCAUUGACGACCGCCCGGAGGUUAAGCUCCGCGCCCAGACGCUGCUGGCGCAGGUGCAGGAGGAGAUGCGCGACAAGCUGCCGGCGUACAUGGUGCCGACGAUCUGGAUUGUGCUGUCGUCGAUCCCGCUGACGGCCUCACGGAAGAUCAACCGCGUGCCCAUCUCCCGCUGGGUGGCCAACAUGUCCGAGGAGACGUACCGGAGGGUGGUGGACAUCGCGACGGCCAGCAGCGCACACAAUGCGCCGGCGACAGCGCUCGAGAAGACGCUGGCGCAGGUCUGGAGCCACGUCCUCAACAUGCCCGAGCAGUCGAUCGGCCUCAACCGCUCGUUCCUCAGUCUCGGCGGUGACUCCAUCACCGCCAUGCAGGUUGUCUCGCGCUGCCGGGCGCUGGACAUCCAGCUGGGCGUGCAGGAUAUCCUGCAGCCCAAGUCGCUGGCGGGAGUUGUCGCCCGCGCCCAGGCGCAGGCGCAGUCGGUCGUCGCCCGCGAGGAGGUCUACGACGUCUCCUUUGCGCUGUCGCCCAUCCAGCAGAUCUACUUUGAGGACGUGGUGCGCAUGCCGCAGCAGCAUCACUAUAACCAGAGCGUCCUGUUGCGUCUGGCGCGCCCGGUGUCCUCGGCGGCGCUCUCGGCGGCCAUCCAGCACAUCGUCGCCAGCCACGCCAUGCUGCGCGCGAGAUUCACCCAGAACGCCGAUGGUGAAUGGACGCAGCUGGUGAGAGGCCCUGGGAGAGUGUCUACCGAGGUCGCCUUUCACACCGUCAGCCGCGAGGAGAUGCUGGACAUUGUCAACGCCGCCCAGCGCAGUCUCGACAUCGAACACGGCCGUGUCUUUGCGGUCGACCAUUUCACCGUGCAAGACAGCCAGCUGGUCUCGCUCAUUGCGCACCAUCUGGUCAUCGACGCCGUCUCGUGGCACAUCAUCGUCGGCCAGCUCGAGCAGCUGCUCUCUAACCCUAACCCUAAUCCUCAACGUCAGUCCCGAAUGUCCUUCCAGAGCUGGGUCCAGGAACAGCGUCAGUAUGCCGAGCGACUGGAAGCUUCCACAGCUCAAGCCCUGCCCGCCGCCAACAUGGAAUACUGGGGACUGGAGCAGCUGCCGACAUGGGAGGAUGGCGAAGAAGUCCGCUUCACCCUCGAUACAAAGACGACUUCCCAGCUGCUGACGACGGCCAACAACCCCCUGCGCUCGGAGCCUGUCGACCUGCUGCUGGCAGCGAUCCAGCAGUCCUUCUCCGAGUGCUUCCCGGACCGCGCGAUGCCCGCCAUCUUCAGCGAGGGCCACGGCCGCGAGCCCUGGGAGGCCUCGAUCGAGCUCUCCGACACGGUGGGCUGGUUCACCACCUUCUACCCGGUGGUCAACCGCCACGUCCGCAAGAACGAGAGCGUCAAGGAGACCAUCAAGCGCACCAAGGACGCCCGUCGUGCCUUUGAUGACAACGGCUUCUCGGACUUUACCCGGCGGCACUUUGCCCGCGCCGAGGGCUCGCGCAACGCCGCCAUGGAGAUCUGCUUCAACUAUCUCGGCCAGGCGCAGCACACGGAACGCGCCGACGCCCUGCUGCAGGAAGAAGCGCUGCAGGAGGGAGAGGAGAUGGCCAACAUCGGCGACGCCAUGGGCCGGCUGGCGGUGUUUGACAUCUCCGCCGCCGUCUCGCACGGCCGCCUCGCCGUCUCGUUCCUCUUCAACCGUAACAUCCGCCAUCGCGAGCAGGUCCGCCGCUGGGCGCAGCGCUGCGAAGCCGUCAUCCACUCGGCCGUCGUCGAGCUCGUCGCCGCCAGCACCACCGGCGCCGUUGAGCACUCGCUCAGCGACUUCCCGCUCAUGCAGAUCGACUACACCGACAUCUCCAAGCUGACCAACACGGUUCUGCCGGGCAUCGGGCUCACCUCCGAGGCCAUCGAGGAUCUCUACCCAUGCUCCCCCAUCCAGGAGGGCAUUCUCAUCAGCCAGGACCGCGAGCCCGGCACCUACGAGGUCCGCCAGCUGUUCGAGGUGGUCUCGCGCCCCGACCAGGCCGCCGUGGACGUCCAGCGGCUGCUCCAGGCCUGGCAGCGCACCGUCGAUCGCCACGCCCUGCUCCGCACGGUGUUUAUCAAGUCUCUCACGGGCACCGGCGCCUACGACCAGCUCCUGCUACACUCCCACCAGCCACACGUCCAGCGUCUGGUCUACGAGGGUGCGCCGGAAGAUAUCGCGGCGUUUGUCGCCAGCCGUCCGGGGCCUGACUAUCGCCAGCCGGUGCCUGCGCAUCGCCUCACCAUCUGCGAAGCCAAGGAUACUCGGAAGGUCUACUGCCAGCUGGAAGUCAGCCAUGCCCUGAUCGACGGCACCUCGCUGGCGCUCGUCGUGCGCGACUUGGUGGCCGCGUACGAGAACAGCCUGCCCGCCACCGCAGGGCCGCCCUACAGCAACUACAUUUCCUACCUGUCGUCGCGAUCUGCCUCUGAAGGAGAGUCGAUGGCCUACUGGACUACGGCGCUGGCUGGGAUGCAGCCCUGCCAUUUCCCCGGGCUGCAGCCGGAGUUGCCAGCUGCUGCUGUGGCCACCAAGUUGCAGUCGGUCUAUAUCGACACCGACGGGCAGCUGCAGCGCUUCUGCGAGGCUCAGAAUAUCACCAUGAGCAAUCUGUUCCUGGCGGCGUGGGGGCUCGUUCUGCGAGCAUACACGGCCAGCCAGGACGUCUGCUUCGGAUACAUGGUGUCCGGCCGGGACAUUCCCGUCGACAACAUCUACGAGGCAGUCGGCCCGUUUAUCAAUCUCGUCGUGUGCCGUGUCGAUGUCCGCGAUGAGGUGGUGGUGCGCGAUCUGCUGGAGAAGACGCAGGCAGACUAUCUCAACUGUCUGCCGCACCAGCACACGUCGCUGGCUUCGAUUCAGCACGAACUGGGGAACAAUGAGGUCGCUCUGUUCAACACCAUCCUCUCGCUACAGAGAGAACCUUCCAAGGGUCCGGCGCCGGAGGUGGAGUUUAAGAUUGUCGACCAAGUCGAUCCCACCGAGUACGACGUCGAUCUGAGCAUCACCACCGGCGAUGCACCUGGCGUGGAGAUCGAGAUGGCCUACCGUACUGCCAUGCUCAACGACAGCCAGGCCGACAGCCUGAUGAAGACCUUUACCAGCAUCCUGCUGGCGUUGACUACCAGCUGGGAGCAGCCGCUUGCCCAGCUGGAUGUCUCUCCCCCGGCAGCCAACGAACAGCUGCGUGAGGCGAUCAGCAAGCAGCCUGUGCCAGCGGCCGUCGAGCUGUCAGUAUCAGAGCUGAUUGAACAGCGAGCCCAGCAGCAGCCUACUGCCGUCGCCGUGCAGUCUGUCGACGGCCAGGUCUCGCUCACCUACAGCGAGCUGGAUCGCAGCGCAAAGGCCCUCGCCGCACAUCUUCACGGACUGGGCGUCACCGCCGGCGACCUGGUGCCUCUCGGCUUCACACGCUCUCCUUGGGCUCUGGUAGCCAUGCUGGCUGUGCUCCGGGUGGGUGCUGUGUAUGUGCAUGUUGAGUCGAGUAUCGCUGCAACCCUACCCCCAACCCUAAACCCUAGGGUUAUGCUGUGCGACAAUGCCUCCGACAUAUCCGCCAUGACAGAGGUCAUUGUUGAUGCAGAGAUGAUCGAACAGCUGCCCAUUCCGUCCUCUGAACUCGUCUAUCCAUCCUCCACAGCCACGGCCGUCGCAGUGCCCGACGGAGACGACUGGGCGCUGCUCGCCCACCGCAGCAUCAGCACCGUCGCCUCCCAGCUGGCCCCCAUCGCCGGCCUGGGCUGCAAUGCCCGGGUGCUUCAGUUCAGCAACCCGGCUACAUCUCCCUUCCACCUGGUGGAAACGCUCUAUUCCCUGGUGAAUGGUGCUACGGUGGUCAUUCCGACUGCCUCCGCCAGCUUCGUUGAUGCUGUGCACGACUCCCGAGCCACCUGGGCCGUGAUCCCCCCCUCGCUCGCCGCUCUGGUCAGCCCGGCCAGCGUGCCCUCCCUGCAGACCCUGGUGGUCGCCGGCGAGGAGCUGGGACCAUCGGUGCUCGCCCAGUGGCGCGACAUCACUCUCGUCCACCCGUACGGACUCAUCGACUCCUCCGUCUGGCAGUCCGUCUCCAGCGCCCCCGCCGGCAUCGAGACCCUCCAGCGGAGGCUUCCGCAGGACUCCCCGGCCCCCUCGCGGACCUGGAUCAGCAGUCCGUUCAGCGCCGCGUCGCUGGCACUCGCCGACUGUGUGGGAGCCGUGCUGGUGGACGGUCCGAUCGUGCCGCAGGGCUAUCUCAGCGGCCGUCGCGAACGGUUCAUUGAGAGGACCGCCUGGCUGCCAGACUCAUGUCUGUAUCGCACCGGAGAUUACGGAAGAUGGGGCGCAGAGACACAGGGUCCGUCGUAUAUUGUCCGCCCGACGCAGAUCGUCAACAACCAGUCCGUUGACCUGGCCACCAUGGAGGAGCACAUACAGUCUUUGCUGCCCACCACGCAACAUGCAGUGCUGGUGGUAGUUCCUCAGGAGUCUUCGGAAUGCAUCGCCAUGUUCCAGAUCGACCGCAGCCAGGAACUGAGCCAGUCUCCGGCGUUGUUGUCGAUGUCUGACGCCCUGCAGCAGCGGUUCACGGCCAUCAAGGAGUCCCUCCGCAGCGAGGGCGCCGAGUCCGUGCUGCCGGCACUGUUCUUCCCCGUCAAUGGUCUGCCAUUGACCGCAGACUACAAGCUCGAUCGGGCGGCGCUGCAGUCACUUGUGGCGAGUGUAUCAGACUCGGAGAUGAAGCCAUACAGGCUCAUCGCAGCGGGAACGACAAAGACCACCAACACCGGCGGCUCCGACCUCACCGCCAGCGAGAAGCUGCUCGCCAAUCUCUGGAUGGAGGCUCUGGAAGUUGCCCCAGGCACCAGUCUCUCUGCUACCGACAGCUUCUUCCGGCUCGGAGGUGACUCCAUUGUGGCGAUGCGGCUCGUUGCCGCCGCCCGCAACCAAGGCCUGGCGCUGACGAUCAAGACCGUCUUCCAGCAGCCGGUGCUAUCCGACAUGGCCAAAGAACUGCGUUUGCUCUCCGCUGAAGAGGAGCGACAGCUAGACCCCUUCUCCCUGCUUCCCCCGGAGCUGGAUCUCGACCAGCUCGUCGCGGAGGCGGCGCAGCAGUGCGGCAUCGAGCCCACCACCAUCGAGGACAUGUAUCCCUGCACCCCCUUGCAGGAGGGUCUGAUGGCGUUGACCAUGGGCAGCACCCAGGCGAACCAAGGCCUUGCCUAUGUGAUGCAGGAGACCUUCUCGCUGCCGGACUCGAUCGACGUGCCGCGCUUCAAGGCCGCGUGGGAGGCAGUCAUCGCCCGCAGCAGUAUCCUCCGCACCCGCAUCAUCACCACCUCCGAGGGCGCCUUCCAGGUGCUGCUGCAGGCUCCGCCGCCCAACACCGUUCCCUGGGUGUCUGGCGACAGCCUGGAUGCCUUCCUGGCGCAGGAUGCGAUGCGCUCCAUGACGUACGGCCAUCCCCUGGCCCGCUACGCCGUCGUGGGCCAGCCAGGCCAGCAGCAAUACUUCAUCUGGACUGCCCACCACGCCGUGUACGACGGCCUCACGCUGCCAGGGCUCGCCCAGCAGGUCUCCGCAGAGUACCGCAAGGAGAUUGCGCUGCCGGAGGUGCCCUACAACCGGUUCAUCAACCACAUCCAGCGCAUCAGUCCUGCGAUGGCGACCGAGUUCUGGCUGGGGCAGUGCGCCGUGCCGGCCACCAACUUCCCCGUGCUGCCGCCAAACACCAGCCAGCAGCCUGCCCCGGACCGCAUCCAGAAGCGCUCGCUGCCGCUGACUCGGGUCCCGUCGGACGUUACGCUGUCGACGGUGCUGCGGGCGGCGUGGGCGGUGGUGCUGUCGGACCUUAGCGAGUCGGACAACGUCAACUUCGGCCUCACGCUGUCUGGCCGCAACGCCGCCCUCGCCGGCAUCAACCAGGUGCUGGGGCCGACCAUCGCCACCGUUCCGCUGCGGGUGCAGGUGCGCGGACACAAGUCGCCAGCAGACUUCCUCCGCGCGGUGCACCAGCAGGCCAUCGACAUGAUCCCUUUUGAACACACGGGGCUGCAGAACAUCCGGCGCAUGGGCGGCGAGGAACAGGGGCGCCAGGCCGUCGAGUUCCAGAACUUGCUCAUCAUCCAACCCGGGUCGUCGCCCAACUCCGACGGUGAAGCCGACGACUCCUUCCUGGGCUUGACGCCUGUCCUGGUGGGCACCCCGCCGGCGGCGGAUCCAUACCCGCUGUCGAUGGAAUGCUCGCUGUUCGACAACCGCGUGGAGAUCAAGGCGCAGUUCGACAGCCGCUUCAUCGCCGACGACGAGAUGGCGCGCAUCCUCAAGAGCUACGCGCGCGCCAUCGAGCGUCUCAACGCGGUGCAGAUCACCGCCGCCAGAGACACCGCCGAGGACGUCGACAAGACGCCCGAGAACAUGGACGAGACCAUCAGCGCCGAGGACCUGCAGCAGAUCCUGGCGUGGAACGCGGACCGGCCGGCGUUUGUCGACUCAUGCGUGCAUGAGCAGUUCGAGGAACAGGUCCGGCUGCGACCCGACGCCCUGGCGAUCUCAUCGUUUGACGUCGAGCUCACGUACCGCGAGCUCAACGAGCUGGCGAACCGGCUGGCGAUGGUGCUGAUCGAGCGCGGCGUGCAGCCGGAGAUGCAUAUCCCGCUGGUGUUCCACAAGUGCUCGUGGACGAUCGUGGCCCUGCUGGCCGUGAUGAAGGCGGGAGGCGCAUCCUGCAUGUUCAACCCGGAGCAUCCCAAGGACCGGAUCCAGAUGCUCAUGGACGACCUCCAGGCGCAGCUGGUGCUGUGUGACCAAAAGUCGACCGCCAAACUGUCGACGCUGUCGUUGCCUGCCGGCGCCAUCCUCCCCGUGGACGCCGCCUAUCUCGACUCGCUGCCCACGCCGGAGACGCCUCCGACACACCGCGUCAAGCCCAGCGACGCAGUGUUGGUCGUGUAUACCUCCGGCAGCACCGGCAAGCCCAAGGGCAGCAUCCUGGAACACCGCUCGCUGGUGACGGGCCUGCUGGCGCACAGCGCGGCCAUGGGGAUGGGUCCGGAGACGCGCACAUUCCAGUUCUCGGCGUACACGUUCGACGUGUGCUUCGAGGAGAUCAUCGGCUCGCUGAUGCUCGGGGCCUGCGUGUGCGUGCCCAGCGACACGGAGCGCAUGAACAGCCUCGGCGAGGCCAUGGCCAAGUACCGGGUGACGUGGUCGGAACUUACGACCACCGUCGCCAGUCUCCUGGUGCCCAGCAGCAUCCCGACGCUCGAGGUGCUGGCGCUGGGCGGCGAGUCGCUCAGCAAGGAGGUCAUCAAGAUGUGGGCAGGCUCCGUCAAGCGCAUCAUCAACACCUACGGCCCCAGCGAGUGCUGUGUCUCCAGCACCUGCAACCUGGACACGGCCACGCUGGGCGAUCCCACCAACAUCGGCCGCGGACUCGGCUGCAACACCUGGAUCGCCGACCCGGACAACAUCGACCGGCUGGUGCCCAUCGGCGCCCCCGGCGAGCUGCUGAUCGAGGGCCCCAUUGUCGGCCGCGAGUACCUCAACGAGCCGGUAAAGUCCGCCGCGGCGUUUAUCCAACCUCCGGCGUGGUGGCCCUCGCACCUCCCGCCCAGCCGCAUCUACCGCACGGGAGAUCUCGCCAAGUACAACCCGGACGGCACGAUCAAGUUCCUCGGCCGCAAGGACACGCAGGUCAAGCUGCACGGGCAGCGCAUCGAGAUGGGCGAGAUCGAGCACCGCAUCCGCAGCGCCUUCCCCGACGCCUCGCACCAGGCGGCCGUCGACGUGCUGACGCCCAAGUCGCGCGGCGGCCUCAAGAUCCUGACGGCGUUUAUCUGUGAGAGCGACGCCGUCAGCGAGGAUACGGACAACUUCCUACUUCCGCUGCACGAGGGCGACCGCCAGGAACGCUUCCUGGACCUGUACGCCCAUGUGGUGGCCUCGCUGCCGCGCCAUAUGGUGCCGCAGCUCUUCAUCCCCGUCUCACACAUGCCCGUCAACCCGUCGCGCAAGCUGGAGCGCAAGGCCCUGCGCACCGUGGGCAACGGCCUCAGCCCGGAGGUUCUGGGCACGUACGCCCUGACGGCGGUGGCCAAGACGUCGUCGCCGCCCACUACCGCGACGGAGAUCGCCCUGGCCGAGAUCUGGGCCAAGGUGUUGGGCACCACCAGCGCGACCGUCAUCGGCGUCGACGACAACUUCUUCCACCUGGGCGGCGACUCUGUCGCCGCCAUGAAGGCCGUCGCAGCGGCCAACAAGAUCGGCCUGCCGCUCAGCUUCGCCGACAUUGGCGAGUCACCGACCCUCGCCAAGAUGUCCGAGGCAGCGGAUCGCGCCUCGGAGAUGGAGGCCAUGGACGACUCUGUCCCCGCGCCGUUUGCCCUGGUGCCCCCCGAGCAGGUCUCGGAGCUGCAGGACCAGGCCACGGCACAGUGCGCCAUCCCCUUCGAGGCCAUCGAGGACAUCUACCCCUGUACGCCAUCCCAAGAAGCCCUGAUGGCGCUCACGGCGCGCGACGAGACCGCGUACGUCUCGCGCGCCGUCUACCGGCUGCCCAUUGACAUCGAUCUCGACCGCUACCGCCAGGCCUGGGACCUGCUCGCCGAGCGCCAGGCCAUCAUGCGCACCCGGAUCAUCCUGCACGACACCCCGGACUCCCUCACCACCCAGUCCUUCCAGGUGGUGGUCAAUGAACCCCUGCAGUGGCAGACGGACGACUCCGUGGCCGCGUACCUCGCCACCGACAAGCUCGCGCCCAUGGUGCAUGGCCAGGCAUUGAUGCGCUUCGGUAUCCUGCCCGCCGGCAGCUGUCCGGAGGACCCGCGGCCGGUGUUUAUCCACACGGCGCACCACGCCGUGUACGACGGCUGGAGCGAGUCGUCCAUGUUCGCCGAGGCCAAGGCCAUCUACCUGCACGGCCUGGACUCCCUGGCCCCCGCCGCCCCCUACAGCCGCUUCAUCCGGUACAUGGUGGACAGCACCGUCGAGCCCGGGGCGUCGGAUGCCUUCUGGCGUGGACAGCUAGACGGCGACCUGCCUGCCCAGUUCCCACCCCCGGGGCUGUCCUCAGCGUCGCAACCUCCGCGGCCCAACCGCACACAGGCCCGGAAGUUCUCCCUGGGCCCGCAAGCCUCCGCCGUGCCGUACAGCACGCCAACCAUCCUCAAGGCCGCCUGGGCACUCCUGCUGGGCCGCUACACAACCUCCGAGGACGUCAUCUUCGGCCAUGUCCUGUCCGGGCGUACGGUUCCCCUCCGGAGCGUGUCGGACAUGAUGGGCCCGACCAUCGCCACAGUGCCCGUUCGAGUCCGGCUAACCUCCGACGAGACCAUCGCCGACUUCCUCCGCCGCGUGCAGGAGCAGGGCCAGGCCAUGGCGCCGUUUGAGCAGGUCGGACUGCAGAACAUCCGACGUCUGCUGCCCGCCGCAUCCUCCGACAUGGUGGACUUUGGGCAUCUGUUCGUCAUCCAGCCGACCCUCGACGAGGAGCGAGACAGCGAUGACGGCCUCGCCUUGGAGCUCGUCGACAACGCCGACAACUACGAGUUCGAAACGUACCCCCUGCUCGUGGAGUGCGAGCUGGGCGGCACCGCGGAGGUUACCGUCGACGUGCGCUACAACGACGCCAUCAUCGCACCGGACCAAAUGUCGUGGCUGCUGCAGCACUUUGAGAACAUCGUGCACCAGCUCUGCCAACUCCCGCUGGCCACCACCCGCAUGGGCGAUCUGACGCUGAGCGGACCGGAGGAUGUCUCCCAGCUGCUUCAGUGGAUGGGCCCCCCCGUGGCCCCCGUCUACAGCACCCUACACAAGCUGUUCCAGGCCCAGGUGUGCCGCCAUCCAGAGCGUGUCGCCCUGGCGGCCUGGGAUGGCGAUCUCACCUACGCCGAGCUCGACGGACUCUCGUCGCAGUUCGCCCGGGUCCUCAUCAACCUCGAUCUGCAGCCGGGCACCGCCGUCGGCGUCAUGUUCGACAAGUCCCGCUGGGCGGUGGUCUCCCUGCUCGCCCUGCUCAAGGCCGGCGGCGCCUGUGUCCAGCUGGAUCCCAAGCACCCUCCGGCGCGUCUGACGGAGAUUGUCGCCGACUCGGGCCUGCACCACGUCCUGGCGAUGCGGCCGUACGCCGAGCUGGCCGCGAUGCUGCCGCGGGUCGAGCAUGUCGUCGUGGUGGAUGCCACAAGUGCCGCUCAACUUCCGACGGCGGCUGCGACAACGCCCGCUCCCAUCAUCGCCGUCGAUCCCACCAUGCCCGCCUAUCUCACCUUCACCUCCGGCAGCACCGGCAAGCCCAAGGUGGUCGUCAUCUCGCACCGCGCCAUCUGCACGAGUAUCGCCUCGUUCAGCCCGGCGCUGCACCUGCAGGCGGACUCGCGGGUGCUGCAGUUCGCCGCCUACACGUUCGACAUCAGCUACGGCGAGAUCUUUGCGCCUCUCCUGCUCGGGGCAACGGUCUGCAUCCUGUCGGAGCACGACCGCCUCAACGACCUGGCGGGCGCCAUCCGCCGCCUGGGCGCCACCUGGGCCUGUCUCACGCCCACCGUCGCCGGCCUCAUCCAGCCCGCCGAGGUGUGUCCGCAGCUGCAGACGCUGGUGCUCAGCGGCGAGUGUCCCACCGAGGCCAACCUGCAGACCUGGGCCGGCCAGGUCCCGGCCCUGAUCAACGCCUACGGCCCCAGCGAGGCCUCGGUGUGGUGCUCCGUGGGCACCUUCCAGCGCCCCGACGACCGCUUCACCAACAUCGGCGUGCCCGUUGGGUGUCGCCUGUGGAUUGCCGACGCGGACAACCUCAACCGGCUGACGCCGCUGGGCUGUGUCGGCGAGCUGCUCAUCGAAGGGCCCAUCCUGUUCCAGGGCUACCUCAACAACCGCAACGCCACGACGGCCAGUCUGCUCAGCGGCCUCGCCUGGAUGGAGCAGAUCCAACCGCUCGAGGACUUCCAGCACGUCUACCGCACCGGCGACCUGGCGCGGUACCUGCCCGGCGGCCAGAUCGAGUAUCUCGGCCGCGCCGACACGCAGAUCAAGAUCUACGGCCGGCGCAUCGAGGUGCGCGAGAUCGAGCACCACAUCCGCACGCAGCUGGCGGAGGAUGAGUAUACGAUGGUCGACAGCGUCGCCGUCAACAGCCAGAAGCUGCUCGUCAUGUACCUCUACCACGAGUCCGGACCCAUCUCCGCCGCCAUCGAGCCCGCCGACCUGGUCGUGCCGCUCACGCCGGAGCUGGAACAGUCGCUGCUCAGCCUCCAGGCCUCCCUCCGAAGCCGGCUGCCUCACUACAUGGUGCCGUCGCUGUUUGUGCCGCUGCGGCGGAUGCCCACCAGCGCCGCGGGCAAGACCGAGCGGCGCACGCUCGCCCGCGUCGUCAACGCCCUGUCGGACGCCCAGCGGCAGACGUACGCCCUGGCCGGGGCCAGCAUCGCCAAACGGCCGCUCGUCUCCGCGCUGGAGCACCAGCUCGCCCGGCUGUGGGCCGGCGUGCUCGCCGUCGACGUCGACUCGAUCGGCGGCGACGACAACUUCUUCGGCCUCGGCGGCGACUCCAUCAUCGCCAUGAAGGUCGUCAGUCUCGCCCGCGCCGCCCAGCUCGCCCUCCACGUCGCCGACCUCUUCAACCACCCCGUCCUGGCCGACCUCGCCCGCCAUGUCUCCGCCCAGGUGCUGCCGCCCACCCCGGGCAGCGCGACACCCCCCGAGAAGGAGAAGACCACCGCCGGCAUGCUGGAUCUCGCCUUGGCUGCCGCCGUGGCCCCCCAGGUGGGCGUCGGCGCCGGCGCCAUCGAGGCGGUCGUGCCCACCACCGACUUCCAGGACCUCGCCCUGGUCGGCCACCUCACCAGCUCGCGGUGGAUGCUCAACUGGUUCUACUUUGACGGGCCCGGAGCCCCCGACGUGGCUAACCUCCGCCGGGGCUGCCACGCCCUGGUGCAGCACUUUGACAUCCUCCGGACCGUGUUUGCCCAGCACGCCGGCCGCUUCUGGCAGGUCGUGCUGCGCGAGCUGGAGCCUAACUUCCGCGUCGAGACAACCUCCGACGUGGACGCCUUCACCAAGACUCUCUACGCCGACGGGGUUGCCGGGGACUUGCAUCUCUCGGAGCCCUACGUGCGGUUUGUGCUUGCCGUCCACCCCGACGGCGUCUCCCACCGGCUGUUGAUGCGUCUCUCCCACGCCCAGUACGACGGCGUCUCCCUCCCGACGCUGUGGGAGACCCUCCAGCGGGCCUGCCAGGGUCUGCCGCUGCCCAUCACGCCGUCCUUCUCGCACUUCCUCGAGGCCUCCACGCCCGCCGAUCCCAACGCCGCGCUCGCCCACUGGCGCCAGCUCCUGGCGGGGGCCCCCGAGACACGCUUCGUGUCCUACUCCAAGCCGGCCCUGCGCGACCCCGCCAACGACGCCGUGCUGCAUGUCAGACGCACGCGCAUCCCCGUGCACCCGCUCCCCAAGCACGGCAUCACGGCGGCCACCGUCGUCAAGGCCGCGUGGGCGGUGCUCCUGGCCCGUCUGGCGGCACACCACGACGUCACCUUUGGCAACACAACGGCCAACCGCAAUGCGGCCUCGCUGCCGGGUGUCGACGCCGUCGUCGGCCCCUGUCUCAACGUCGUGCCCGUCCGCGCGCAGCUGCAGCCCGGCCAGACGGUGCUCCAGCUCUUGCUCGCCCUCCAGCAGCAGCAGGUCGCCAACAUGCCCUACGAGGCCGUGGGCUUCCGCCAGAUCAUCACCGAGUGCACCACCUGGCCGCGCUGGACGCACUUUAGCAGCGUCGUCCAGCACCAGAACAUCGAGCCUGACCGGUCUAUCGCUCUAAGCAACGGCAGCAGCAACGGCAGCGGCGGCGACCCCCCGGCGCUCUACGAGCCGGGCUUCCUGGGCGCGGAGCUCGAUCUGACGGACGUAUCGCUGCUCUCGACACCAGCAGGCGAGCACUACGUCGAUCUGGACCUCGUCACCUCGACGGCCGUGAUGCCGGCCCUGGCCAGCGAGCUGCUGAUCGAUCAGCUGAGCCUGCUGCUGGGCUCGUGGGCCGUGCUGCCCCUCGACCAGACCGUCGCUUACGAAGCCAACCCUUUGUCGCCCGCGCUGCUGCCCUUAGUGCAUGCAGCUGUGGUGCAACCAGAGACGGGCACACGGCCGGCUGGGGCUGUCUGCGCGGCGGUGCAGGAUGCCUGGCGCGCCGUGCUGCCCUCGUCCAUCACCGCGGCAGCCGCCCAGGACGACGACGACGACGAGGGCGACGUGGACUUCUUCCGUGCGGGGGGAGAUCUGGUGCAGAUGGCCCAGUUGCUGGCCGAGAUGCGCCAGAACCACGGCCUGCCACGAGCCGUCCAUCUGGAGACGCUGGCGCAGCAUUCCUCUCUCCAUUCCAUGGGGGGAUUCCUCUCAAACCAUGAGGUGCAUUGGAAUAGUGUCUAGUUCGAUCUGUUUACAUUGAGUCUCUUUGCUUCCUCUUUAUCCUCGUCUCUACUCUUAUUCUUCUCUUUCUUAUUCUCACUCUUCUUCGCAUUAGCACCGAAUCCUGCUGGUUGGGGGCCAAAUUGAACAGCCAUGAAAUUAGCUCUCAAACGGACUAUCGGGCUCUGAUUUAUCCAUAGCCAUUCUUGCAUUCCUUGU